AUGUUUAUUCAGAUUCAUUUAGAUCCUCAAAUAAUGUUUCACUAGAGAAUCCCAUCAACAAUAAAGGGAGUUGUAAGAUUGGAAUAAAGUAAACCUUUAAUCGCAAUAUUGAUAUGGGAUCGAUUGAAAUCAAGAGAAUCCUCAAUAAAUAAUUUCUCAUUCGAUUUUGUUCCUGUUCCUUCUUACUCUAUUGAUUCAUGCAUGCUUGCUAAAUCUCGAAUUGAGUAAAUUAAUUUCAAUUUACUCUAGGGAUGUCUGAAUUGAUAAAAACCAUAUGAAAAUAUUUUCAUAUUGAUGUUUGAGACU